AUGCCCGAGUCAUUCGACCCCUCGCCCGCCUCGAUCUCCGACGGCAGCUCUACCUCCACCGCCUCCGACCGGGGCCAUGUCUUCGUGACCGUCGGAUCCACUCGCUUCGACGCCCUCGUGCAGAAAGUCCUCUCUGAGCCCGUGCUGGAUGUGCUCCGCGCCAAGGGGUACCGGACUCUGGACGUCCAAUGCGGCAACUCUGACUUCGACGCAUCCCAGCUCAGCCGGAAUGGCGAAGACCGCUGGCAGCGCGCAGGGGACGUAGAGACAAGCGUAUGGCGAUUCAAGCCGACUCUGAAGGAGGAGUACGAACGGGCUGACUUGAUCAUUAGCCAUGCAGGCUCCGGCACCAUCAUCGACGUUCUUCGCCUUGGAAAGCCUCUCAUCGUCGUUCCCAAUGAGACCCUCAUGGACAACCACCAGGCCGAGCUCUCCGAUGCCUUAGCAGCCCUGGGGCACUUGAUGUCGUCGUCUGUCGCCGGUCUGUCGAAGGCCAUCGAGACCCUUAAUACCUCUGCCCUCGUGCCCUUCCCGCAGUUCGACGGCAGCAGGUUCCGGGAGUUGCUCGACGAGGAGAUGGGCUUCAUUCAUAGUCGCGACAAUAGCAGCAGCGGGCGCUGA